UGGUGCGCUGUGUCCCAUGGACACAGCGGAUCACCGAUCAACAGAAAGAGCCGAAGAUGUUGGCGCGGUCAUGUGAUCAGCUGUGUCCAAUCACAGCUGAUCGCAUAGGAGAGCCGGUAAGGGGUCAUCUACACUGAUCAUCAGGCACUGAUGAUCAGUCUGCCCUGAUGAUCAAUGUAGCCCCAUCAGUGCCACCUGUCAGUGCCCAUCAAUGCCAGCUGUCAGUGCUCAUCAAUGCCACCUGCCAGUGUCCAUCAGUGCCACAUAUCAGUGCCUACCAGUGCACAUCAAUGCCACAUAUCAGUGCCCAUCUGAGCUGCCUUUCUGUGUCACCUAUCAGUGCCAGUCAGUGCCACCUAUCAAUGCCAGUCAGUGCCACCUAUAAGUGCUGCCAAUCAGUGCCACCUAUCAGUGCUCAUCAGUGCCGCCUAUCAGUGUGCAUCAGU